AGUCGACAAUCAAGGCGGCCUCGUUUGCAGCAGACGACGACCCACUGCUGUCCGCCUUCGGCGCCGUCGCACUGCGCACGCCCGCCGUCCCCGCAGCUGCCCAGCAGCAGCACUACCACCAGCAGCAGCAGCAACACCAGCAGCAGCAGCGGCGGCCACCGCUCGCCUGCCCCUCGUCGCCGCGCGACCCGUCGCAGACGCACCCACACCCCUCAAAAGCAUCCUCCACGCACUCUGCAUCACAGCCCUACGCCGACUCGCCAUCCGAAUGGGGGCUCGGCCCGAGCGGCCCGCGGCGCCCCGACACCACGGCUCAGCGCGCGGCGGGCGCCAGCAGGGACGACCCUUCAGGCGCCGGCGCCGACGCCCCGGCAGUCCCCCGCCCCGCCGGCCCCGCCCCCGGCAGCGGGCCCGCCGGCGCCCGCGCCGCGGGGUGGCGCGGCGGCUUCCCUUCCGGUGCCCUGUCCCUCGCGGC